UUCGCUCUCCAGUAUAGUUUCGGAGAGUUUCUCAAGUUUAAUUUCAAGUGAUUUUCAAACAAGCACUACAUACACUGUCUGAUUAAUUGAGUUUGCUUCCUUUCAAUUGUUUGUAUGCUCGAAUAUUUUUACUUUUGACUAGUUACCAUCCCUACAGCAUUUUGACGCUAGAUGAGAAAAAACAAACGGUUCUGGCUGGAAAGACUGCGUUUUCUGUCUUUCGUUGUUGUAAAUGAUUCGUACCCAAUUGUGAGCAAAAAUGCCUUAGGGGAGAAGAGCAGGUAGAAAUUAAACCGCAACAUCCCUCAAGUUUUUAUUGACAAGCAUAAAAUUGUAUACAGAGAAUCCUUGUUAAUAAAAAGAAUAAUAAUUUCUUUUAUACCGUUGCACCUUCUAGCAAACCUUGGGGUGGAUUUACUUUUAGCCAUCUGAAUUUUAAUGCCACUAUAAAAAACUGUCAGAACGGCACAUCCCCCAUGACAUUUAGUUUUAUUCACACUCGCACCUUCAAUAAAUGCAUACCUUUUUGUGGUGGGGGUCUUGUUCUUCAACAAACUGCUUUAUUCUCGCAUUGUGGUGAGCUUCUUGGGGUCUCUAAUAUAUCUAAAUAAAAAACCCGAAUUCCUUCAAACCCUUUCCCACGCUUUUAUGAUCAAAGGGGUGGGAACUGGGGAGAAAAGUGGGAAAAUCUUAAUUCCAGGGUAUUUCGAUAAUUUUUGUAGAGCAGUGGCGUCUUUGAUCAGGUGUUUUGCAGAAUCAAAUAUCAAGCUCGUCAGUUAAUAGCAAAAUAGUGGCUUAGACGGGGGUAUCAAAAGCAAUUUGAAUUUUGUUUUUAAGGCUGAGUAUAGAUGAAGCAUUGAGCUGUACAGCAAACGCUACUUUUGAUAUAUUUUUUUUAAAUUUCGCAAAAAUUGCAUUCUUUGUCAAUUCAGCAUAGCCAUGUAAAGGACUCGCUUCGCAAUUUAUUUGUUAUAAAUAUGGUUUAAUUUUGGACAAAAGUUGAUCUUUGAAGGAACUGGAAUAUGAUAUGUUUGUACCUUUUGAAAGAAUAAAAUUAUUAAAGAAAGAAAUUUUCAACUAAGACAUUUCAUUAAAUUUGAAUUUUCGUAACUCCACUCAGAGCUUAGCCAUUACGUUACGUUUAAUUUUUUAGCAGUUCCUGCAUGAUAGAACAAAACAAUCCACAUGUGUAUGGAGUUGUUAUGAGUUCAACCAAUGCUUCUCAGAGUGCAUAAUUUCUUGGCUAAAAAAUCUGAAAAAUUGUUGAAAUUUUCUACAGGCUUUUUCUAUUUUUUCUUAAUUAUAUGACAUUUUUUUAGAAAAUUCGGUUCAUAUAGCCAUUAUUUCAAUUUAUAGUUAUUUUGUACAUCCUUUUAUUAGAUAAAAAGAAAAUUCAGAAUUUUUUUAUAAUCACUAGAAAAUCAAUUAGAAAAAAUAAAAUUAUCAACCUAAAAGGCCAAACUUGUGCUAGCCGAGAACAUUUUUUUUUAAUUUAAUACACAUUUUCCAAAUAUGGUUGUAACUUACACCUAAAGGGAUAUAAAAUUGGAAAAAAAUUGGAAAAAAUAUUGAAAAUGUCACAGAAGGAGCCCUCUCGGUGCUGCACACGGAACUCGCAGCGCCUGGCCGAGGAGGUGGAGCUAAAACUGCUCAGAAUGAUUACUAGAGCAAGAGCACUGCAGCUGUUUUUGUUUGGAAAAUCGCUGGGAUGGAAAUUCGCACAUCAUUUCCAUUUUAACUAAUAUUUAUUCAGCUGCGAGCUGCCACGACUUCAAACGGCAACCAAACUUAUAGACAACACUGUAGCAGAUCCGUGAUGCACUCGUCGAUCAAAAUCUCGAACCUCAACAACAGCGAGGUGCUCUCGUACCCUUUGGUGAUGAUCAAGGGUCAGGUCAUCGAGCCCUCAGGAAGGGCCAGCGGUGUGAUUACCGCCAAAAUGAGCACCAGCAACCACGACUGGCCCGUGGUGAAUGGUAAAUUUAAGAUUCUUUUGUUGCUGGAGGAAGGAAUGAACAACAUUGAGCUGAUCUUUGAGUCCGCUUCUGUUGAUUUGGAUCUGAAAUUCGAACCUCAAGCGAGAAAAUUUGUGGUUACCCCUGUUUACAUUGUCUCUAGUGGCCACGACGGAACCUUCCAGGGCCCUGAAGGCGUUGACUGCUCAUUGGAAGCGGCCCUGGCGCGGAUCAAACUCGGCGUUCAACUGUUACAGUCAGUCGUGGCUGAAAAGCUGUGGGAGCAAGGCCUGGGCAGACGCACCUUCAGCAUCGACUGCGACCCCGUCGUCCACAGCAGCAGCCUGACGCUGGAGGAGGCGCAGAAAAUGUCGCAGGACGAGCUGUGGUCCCACUACGGUCGAGAUCUCGUCACGAAAUGGGGCGCCGAAGAAGCUAGAAGCAGAAAAUUCGUGGCUUUUCUCUCCUGCACUAGAUACGAAGGGGCUGAACAGAGUCAAGGGUUGAUGCACGAUGACAUCCUUGCCCUUACGAAAGGUCACGCUGCCCUAGGAGGAGGUGGCCUCGCUAUUUUUGGCACCGGGUGUCUCCACACUUGGCCCAGACACCUGGAAGAUGUGAACCUUUGCUUUGGGGACACAACAGAAGUUGAUCAACAGCUUCUAAUGGAUGACAGUGGCUACAGAGGUACCUAUGGUGGAUGUUACUCAACAACGCUUGGAGCCGUUCUGCACGAGCUCUGUCACACUUUCGAUCUCGGCCACACCAAAAAAGGCAUCAUGGGCCGCGGCUUCGAUCGAAUGGACCUGAUUUUCAGUCCUGACGAGACUCAAGACACAGCAAUAACUCCUCCGGCUCAUCACGUGGUCGACUUCACGGUAAAUCUCAAAGUGGACUGCAUCACCAACGUGGAGCCCAAAAUCGAGCAGAAGCAGAUGUUUGGCCUGAAGAAGUCCCGCAGCAGCUCCAACAACCUACUGCUGAUGGACUGCAGGGACCAAAUCUACUUUACGCAAAGUUGUGCUUACAUCCUGGCAUUCCACAAAUGGAUGAUUGACGAGAAGAUGUCCAAAACUGGUGUCAUUUCUUUUGACUCAGAAAGCUGGACUCUGAAAUCCUCCCUUGGACUGAAAGUAAUUGAGAUAAGAGAGGGUGACGCCCAACUGGUAUGUAACUUCUGGACAUUCAGCCAAAGUAGGCUUCUCUUUGUAGUUCCUCGGUCGAAUAUUCCUGACAAAACCAAACCUCCUUUGAUGCUUUUCACGCAAGAUAUUGGUGGAAAUAUUUUCAAAUCAAAUUUGUCCCUGUAAUCUGGUCUCGGCUCCCAUGCUUAAUACUCGUAUUUUAACCUCAGCAAAUUAGUCGAAAAGGUUUUAAAGCUGGCAGCUUCUUGCUUUAAAAAGCAGCUGAUGUGAUAUCCGUAUAUUGCAACGUGUGAUGAAAAAGUUAUUUAUGGAACAAAGAUGUACUCCAAGUA